AUGUCCUCGAAUGGAGGACCUGGUAGCCGAACUGAAGAUGACUUGCCUAGAAUAGGCCAGUGGAAAAAUUUUCAAAAUCCCCAUCCUGAGUUACCAAACCCACAUCUUUCACAGAAGACGCCAGUUUCUCUGACCAAAGAAGAACUUAGAGUUCUUCAAGAAUGUAACCGGGAAAGUUUCUGGUAUAGAAGUAUACCAGCUUGUCUAUUUUGUGUUGGUAUAACUCAGUUUGCAGUUAACAAAGGAUACCUUAAACCACAUCCAAAAUAUGGUGCUGGAUUAAAAACAUUAGGUGCUGCAUUGCUUGGAUACAUUUUGGGUAAAAUAUCAUACCAAAAUGAAUGCCGUAAAAAAAUUAUGGCUCUCCCAAAUAGUCAACUUGCAGAAACAUUAAGACAACGUCUAUCUAGGGAAAGAGGACCUUCAGAAUUUACCAUGAAAAGUGUAAGUAGUGAUAUGUUAGAAAAUCCUCAAGUACCACAAACUGAACAUACUGCUUCUGAUGCGUUUGAUACAGAGACUAAUCAAGUGGCACCAAGUACAGUUAAAUUUGAAGAUCUCUCAUCAGGUAAUUCCGGGGAGCAGGAAUCACAGUACAGGUCUUAUGGUGAUCUUCGUCGUCAAAACAGGGAAAUAUAUAGUGAAAAUCAAGUAGUGAAAUGGCAGAAUAUCCAAAACAAAAAUAGAAAUCCACAACCUAAUAUAUCACAAACUCCUGAAGAAAAAAGUUCUCAGUGGACACCAUCUUAUAGUACAACUCAACCACGUGCACCAACAAAUAAAUAUGGCGAUGUGUGGGAAGACCAAAUAGUUGCGACUUUCUUUCCUAUCCGAAAAGUUGCGACUUUCUUUCCUAUCCGAAAAGUUGCGACUUUCUUUCCUAUCCGAAAAGUUGCGACUUUCUUUCCUAUCCGAAAAGUUGCGACUUUCUUUCCUAUCCGAAAAGUUGCGACUUUCUUUCCUAUCCGAAAAGUUGCGACUUUCUUUCCUAUCCGAAAAGUUGCGACUUUCUUUCCUAUCGAAACUUGCGACUUUCUUUCCUAUCCGAAAAUUUGCGACUUUCUUUCCUAUCGAAAAGUUGCGACUUUCUUUCCUAUCCGAAAAGUUGCGACUUUCUUUCCUAUCCGAAAAGUUGCGACUUUCUUUCCUAUCCGAAAAGUUGCGACUUUCUUUCCUAUCCGAAAAAGUUGCGACUUUCUUUCCUAUCCGAAAAGUUGCGACUUUCUUUCCUAUCUAAAAAGUUGCGACUUUCUUUCCUAUCCGAAAAGUUGCGACUUUCUUUCCUAUCGAAAAGUUGCGACUUUCUUUCCUAUCCGAAAAGUUGCGACUUUCUUUCCUAUCCGAAAAGUUGCGACUUUCUUUCCUAUCCGAAAAGUUGCGACUUUCUUUCCUAUCCGAAAAGUUGCGACUUUCUUUCCUAUCCGAAAAGUUGUGACUUUCUUUCCUUAUGAGAUUGAAUUUCUAUAA